ACUAAUUAACUAAAAGAACUAAUCACCACCCCCCACGCCAUGCGGGUGACCCCGUGCCAGGCCGCCCUGGCCGCGGGCAUCGCCCUCAACCUCCUCCUCCUCUACUGCGCCUGGCACGGCCCCCCUUUGCCAACACCCCCCUCCCCGUGCCGCCCCUCCCGCGGCGUCCCCGGCGUCACCGUCCUGCUGCGCGACUUCGAGGACUUCGACAACGACCUGGUGGGCACCGCCCGCUCCUUCGCCGCCCUGCCCGUGCCCGUCCUGGUGGCGGCCGAGUCGCCGCCCUACCCGCCGGUGCCGCUGCCCGCCGGCGCCGCCCUCCUGCCCCUGCGCCCGCAGCGGCCCGACCGCCCGCCGCCGCCUCGCCCCGAGCUGGUUGUGCGCACCCGGCACGUGGCGCUGGUGCCCGACGGCGCCCGGGCCGUGCCGGGGUUGCUGGAGCGCAUGAGGGACGCGCUGGAGGCCGGUGGUGACAACAACACCCGUGUGGUGGCCGCGGCGGUGGGCGCGCGGGCGCCGCGGUGCCUGGCGCUGAGCGUUGACUUGAAGACAUGGACGGCACAAUACAGCGAUGCCAACGCUGCCAACGCUCAGGGUGGUGCCUGCUCGGCGCUGGAGGGCCCCCCCGCCGUCCUCCUGCUGCGCACCCGCGACCUCUUCGCCCUGCCCUUCCCGCUGGCGCGCCCGGCGCCCGCCGCCCUCGCCCUCCAGGCCGCCCUCCGCGGCUGGCGCCUGCGCCUCCUGCCCGGCGCCGCCUUCCCCGCCGCCCGCCGCCCGCCGCCCUCGCCGCACGGCCGCUGGAAGGCCGAGGGGCUGGAAGAAUCCCACCGGCGCCAGCUUCUCCGGGAUGUCGGCGUCAAGCUGGAGGUGCUGGCGGACGGGCGCCGGCGCUGGCACGGCUGCGCCAAGGACACGCCGCGCUGCUUCGGCACCGUGCAGGCGGGCACGCCCCGGUACCUGCUGGAAGGGCGCUGGACGCCGCCCUGCUGCCUGCGGGCGCUCAGGGAGACCGCCCGGCACGUGGCCCGCGAGCUGGAGGCCGCCGGGGUGAGGUACUGGUUGGAAGGUGGGUCUUUACUGGGCGCCGCCCGCCUCGGGGACAUCAUCCCCUGGGACUACGACGUGGACCUGGGCAUCUACCGGGAGGACGCCGGCAAGUGCCGCUGGCUGGCGGCCGUGGAGGCCCAGGGGAGGCCGGUGGAGGACCCUCAGGGCUUCCUGUGGGAGAAGGCGGCCGAGGGGGAGUUUUACCGGGUGCACUACAGCCGCGUCAACCGGCUGCACGUGGACCUGUGGCCCUUCUACGCCCGCGGCGGGACCAUGACCAAGGACACGUGGCUGGGGCACCCGCAGGACGUGGAGUUCCCCGAGAGCUUCCUGCGGCCCCUGGUGCCCGUGGCCUUCGCCGGCUUCACGGCCAUGGCGCCCAACAACGCCCGCGCCUUCCUCGAGCUCAAGUUCGGGCCCGGCGCCGUGGAGAACCCCGAGUACCCCAACCCGGCCGUGAAGAGGAUGGGGAGGGACUGAGGGGCACGGGGGGGGC